GGACGCUUUCCCCUUAGCAACCAGAGCGGCUCCCGCCAUGGGUGACGAAGAGGACGCCGCUGGCCGGACGGAGAAGGUUAUCCGCAUCCAGCGGGUGUUUCUAAACCUGCUGGACUCCUACAGCAGCAGAAACAUCGGGAAGUAUCUGUCUAACUGUGUCGCUGGGGCUUCCCUUGAAGAAAUUACAGAAGAGGAGGAGGAGGAGGAUGAGACUAAAUCAGGCUUGCCGGAAGCCGCGCUGGCCAAACUGAAGGAGGGCACGUUCCAGAUCGUGGGCACGCUGUCCUCGCCGGAAUGCCCGCGGCCGGACUUCGCCAUAGAGACUUACUCUAACAUCUCUCGGGAAGACCUCCUCCUGCGCCUGCUGGAGUGUGACGUCGUCGUUUAUAACAUCACCGAGAACGCACAUCAAGUGGAGGAGGCCAUGUGGGCCAUCUCUGCACUGAAUGAAGAAGUCGUCCAUUUUGACAAGCGAAAGCUGUUUAUUUUACUAUCCACGGUGAUGACUUGGGCGCGAUCCAAACCCCUGGACCCUGAUGACAAUGAGGUUCCAUUCACUGAAGAGGAUUAUCGAAGAAGAAAGCCUCAUCCUAAUUUUAUGGAUCACAUAAAUGCAGAAAAAAUGGUUCUCAAAUUUGGAAAAAAUGCCAAAAAAAUCAUAACUUAUGUAGUUGCUGCUGGACUUCAGUAUGGAGCAGAAGGAGGCAUUUUGCACACUUUUUUUAAGAUGGCUUGGUUGGGUGAUAUGCCUGCAUUACCAGUUUUUGGAGAUGGAACAAAUGUAAUUCCAGCAAUUCAUGUUCACGAUCUCGCAGGGGUGAUACAAAACGUGAUCGACCACGUGCCGAAGAUUCACUACCUGGUUGGUGUGGACGAGUCUGUUCAGACCCUGGAAGACAUAGUCAAGUGCAUCAGUAAAAGUACCGGCCCUGGGAAAAUCCAGAAAUUACCUAGAGAAAAUGCUUCCCUAACCAAGGAAUUAACGCAAGAUAGCCUUGACCAUUUACUGGUCAACUUAAGAAUGGAAGCGCUCUUUCUGAAGAAUUUUAUUCGAUGGAGUGCCCAAACAGGAUUUGUGGAAAACAUCAACAAUAUCCUCAGAGAGUACAAGCACAGGCAGAGGAUUAUGCCCAUCAAGAUCUGCAUUCUCGGUCCUCCCGCUGUGGGGAAAUCCAGCAUCGCUGCAGAACUGGCCAAGCACUACAAGCUGCAUCACAUCAAACUCAAGGAUGUCAUUUCCGAAGCCAUAGCAAAACUGGAGGCGAUCGUCGCACCUAAGGAUACAACAGACGGAGAAGAAGAAGAAGGGGAAGAGGAAGAAGAGGAGGAGAACGUGGAAGAUGCUCAGGAGCUCCUAGACGGCAUCAAGGAAAGCAUGGAACAGAAUGCAGGACGAAUAGAAGAUCAAUACGUAAUUAGAUUUAUGAAAGAAAAGCUAAAAUCAAUGCCUUGCAGGAAUCAAGGUUACAUUUUGGAUGGAUUCCCAAAGACCUAUGAUCAAGCAAAAGAUCUUUUCAGUCAGGAAGAUGAGGAGGAGGAGGAAGAAGUCAGAGGCAAAGUGUCUCCCUAUGACAAGUUAAUUAUACCUGAAUUCGUCUGUGCCCUGGAUGCUUCCGACGAGUUUCUGAAGGAGCGGGUGAUAAACCUUCCUGAGACUGUGGUGGCGGGGACCCACUACAGCCAGGACGGAUUCCUGCGGGUCCUGAGCAACUACCGGGACCUCAAUACGGAAGAUGAGACUGUCUUCAACUAUUUCGAUGAAAUUGAAAUCCACCCGAUACACAUGGAUGUAGGAAAACUCGAAGAUGCUCAGAAUAGACUUGCUAUCAAACAGCUUAUCAAAGAGAUUGGGGAGCCUCGAAAUUACGGUUUAACAGAUGAAGAAAAGGCGGAAGAGGAGCGGAAGGCUGCAGAGGAGUGCCUGGCCAGGGAGGCCGCUGCGGAAGCAGAACGCGAGCACAACGAGGCGGUGGAGAUGGCGGAGAAGGUGGCCCGCUGGGAGGAGUGGAAUAAACGGCUAGAGGAAGUGAAACGGGAAGAAAGAGAAUUGCUGGAGGCUCAGUCUAUUCCCCUGAGAAACUAUUUGAUGACCUAUGUUAUGCCAACUCUUAUGCAAGGUCUGAAUGAGUGUUGUAAGGUCAGACCAGAGGAUCCCAUUGAUUUUCUGGCAGAAUAUCUUUUCAAGAACAAUCCUGAAACUCAGUGAAACUUUAAAGAUCUCGCAUCAUAUACCUUUACACAGUUAGAGAUCAAUGUAACGUUGUAAUUUGAAAAAGUGCUUUGUUUUUUUUUUUUGCUGUAAACAAAUAUUCUAUAAAGUAGAAUCAUUAUAAAACGCUAUAUGGCAAUGAAUGACUACUUCAUUAAAACUGUAUUUGAAAGAUAAA